AUCCUAUGGGGCCACGGGGACCCCAAAGGGCUUUGAGGAGGACGUGGUGACCCCACAAGUGUCUCUGCCCCACAGGGCUCCAUAGGGAGGGAGGACGGGACCCAACGCUAUGGGGCAGAGCCCCAGGACGAAGCCCAGCGCUAUGGGGCAGCGCCGCAGGACAAAGUCCAGCCCCAUACGGCCAUGCAGGACCAGAGCCAGCGCUAUGGGGCAGAGCAGUGGGAAUGGACUCAGCGCUAUGGGGCAGAGCCCCAGGACAAAGCCCAGCCCUAUGGGGCCACGCAGGACAAAGCGCAGCGCUAUGGGGCAGCCCUCCGGACCGCAUCCCAGCGCUAUGGGGCAGAGCCUCAGGGCAAAGCUCAGCCUUAUAGGCCCACACAGGACGAAGUGCAGCGCUAUGGGGCAGAGCUCCAGGACAAAGCGCAGCGCCAUGGGGCAGAGGCGCAGGCCGAAGUGCAGCAUUAUGGGGCAGGACCCCAUGACAAAGUGCAGCGCUAUGGGGCAGAGCCUCAGGACAAAGCUGAGCGCUAUGGGGCAGAGGUGCAGGCCGAAGCGUGGUGCUGCGGAGCAGAACCCCAUGACAAAGUGCAGCGCUAUGGGGCAGAACUCCAUGACAAAGCACAGCGCUAUGGGGCAGAACUCCAUGACAAAGCACAGCGCUAUGGGGCAGAACUCCAGGAGGAAGUGCAGCACUAUGGGGCAGAGGUGCCGGCUGCAGCUGAGCGCUAUGGGGCAGAACCCCACGGUGAAGCUGAGCGCUAUGGGGCAGAACCCCAUGUCGAACCUGAGCGCUAUGGGGCAGAACCCCACGGUGAAGCCGAGCGCUAUGGGGCAGAACCCCAUGUCGAACCCGAGCGCUAUGGGGCAGAGGCGCAGGCUGAAGCCGAGCGCUAUGGGGCAGCGCUGCGCAGCGAGUGGCGGCGCUUCGGCGACGUGCUGCAGGGCUCCUUCUGGGACACGUACGGCAACCUGCGGCACAAGACGCUGCUGCUGCUGGCCUGGGCCGCCCGCUGCUGCCCCGCGGCGCCCUUCGUGCUCAAGGCCGACGACGACUCCUUCGUCCACACCCCCGCCCUCCUCGCCCGCCUGGCCGCCGCCCCGCCGCCCCCCGCCCGCUUCUACAUGGGCCGCGUCCAUCACGGCGUGGCCCCGAACCGCGACCCCCGCAGCCGCCACCACGUCCCGGCGCGGCUCUUCGGCGCCCGCCGCUUCCCGCCCUACUGCAGCGGCAGCGCCUACGCGCUGUCCAUGGGCGCCGUGCGGGCCGUGCUGGCGGCGGCGCCGUCGGUCCCCGCCGUGGCCCCGGAGGACGUUUAC